GUCCCCCAUGUUUUUACUUGGUUUGGGAACACUUGCUAAUUUGUUGUCAUCGUUAUUUUGCUUUUUGACCAAGCCCAAUGUUGUCGAACCAUGCAUUCAAGAGUUCAACAAUUGGUAUCGCAACUCGGUUUGAUUUUGUGACUUGCUAACGAGGGACAUACAAAUUAAUGAGACUUAAACGUCACAUUAAGUUCGACAACAAGGUUUACUAGUGGAAUCUGUUCAACUCGCAGAAUCAAGAUGAGUGUUAAACCUGAGGACACUGUUAACCAACAAGUCUCUGUUGAACUUGAGGAGGAUUCUGUUAGACCUGAAGACUCAGCCAGUCAGUGUAAUGGAUCUGCAGUCAGCUCCAUGUCAGGUUCUCGACUACGGGCCAAGGCUAUGGCCAAAAGAGCAGCCUUGAAGGCGGAAGCUGAACGUCUUAAGCAGCAGCAGGAGUUGGAACUCGAGCAGUUAAGGUUGCAGCAGAAAAGGAGAGAAUUGGACUUGCAGACUAAAAUUGAAAUUGCUCAAGCUGAAGAGCAGAUCUUCAGUCUCUUUGAUGCGGAAAGGUCUUCUAAAGUGAGUCGUCAUCCAUCGCAUGCUAGUAAGCAGGAAAAGAAAGGUUCCUUACAGGACAGUCUCCAGUUGGAACAGAAAACUCAAGAUGAAACUCUUCUAUAUCCUCUAGAUGACAAGCAGACAUCCUUUCAGGGAUCUUAUGGAGUGUUGCCUGCCCAAAAUCAGCAGUUGUUGGAAGCAAUCAGCCUGCAAAAUGUAGAACUCAUGAAAUUUGAUGGAAGUCCUCUACACUACCAUGAAUUUAUCACAUCAUUUGACAGUCUGGUAGGAAGGACGUCCCUGGAUGACAGCUCCAAGCUUCUGAAGUUAUUCAGUUGUUGCCAAGGUGAAACAAGAUCCAUUAUUCAGUCGUGUAUGGUCAUGGACUCUGCAGUAGCCUACAAGAAAGCCAGAAGCAUCCUGGAAGAACGAUAUGGCAACAAGUUCAAGAUAGGAGAUGCUUGGACAAAGAAAGUCAUUAAUGGGCCAACAUUGCAGCCAAGUGACAAGAAAGGACUGCAGAAGUUCGCAGAUGAGCUGCAGGUUUGCUGCGAGACUCUACAGGCGGUGGACAUGGUUGCAGAGAUAAGUUCGCAACAACACCUUGUAAAGAUUGUAGAGAGACUGCCUUACUAUCUGAGAGCCAGGUGGCUCAAGGUCGUCAAAGAUGUCCGUCACCAAGGUAGAUCUCCCAAGUUGAAAGAUGUGGUACGCUUUGUGACUGACGCAGCCUGUGAAAUCAAUGAUCCAGUCUAUGGAGAGCUGUUUGGAGACAAGAAGAAGCAGUCUCAAGGAUCAAAACAGUCACUUUGGAAAAGAUCAUCUCAAGCAGCUGGGGUCAACUUUGCUGGAUCAGAGAAGAAGAAGGAAGUGGACUGUGCUCUUUGUGACAAGGAACAUGGCAUCUUUUCUUGCAACCUGUUUAAGGACAUGAAACCUGAAGAACGUCUGCAAAUGGCGAAGGAUAAGCAUUUAUGCUUUAAUUGUCUCAAGCCAGGACACAGUUCAAGUAAAUGUUUCCUAAAUAGAACCUGCUCUGUGAAAGGAUGUAAUAGGAAACAUAGUAGGUUUCUGCAUCUUAAGAGGAAGGACGAUUCACAGAGGACAGAUGUUUUGAAGGAUACAAGACAGCAGUCAUCCAGUUCCAGUGAGACUGAUGGGACCACAGCAUCAUCAUCUCAGAAUGGGUUCGUCGAGACUGCUAACAGCACCUUUGGUAAUGCCACGGGGGCCGGUAAAAGAUGUGUCCUGCCCAUUGUGCCUGUUCGAGUCCAAACAGCAUCUGGUGGUAAAGCAUUGAGAACAUUUGCUUUGUUGGAUACAGGAUCCACGAACUCCUUCUGUACCAAGAGCCUGGCGGAGAAGUUGAAUGCCAAAGGUCAGACACAGAGGCUAUCGUUGACCACCAUCGACAAUGAACAGACAUUGGAAACCAAGGUAGUGGAUCUGGUGGUUGACACUGGCCCAAUGUCUGAAGCAGUUAGGAUAGAAAAUGUAUUCACUAAGGAGAGGAUAAACAUCAGGAGUGAUCACAUGGCAUCAGUAGGAGAGAUUUCUGGUUGGCCUCAUCUACAAGAUAUUAAUUUGCCAAUUGCAAGAGGGCAAGAGAUCGGUCUGUUGAUUGGUCAAGAUGCACCUGAGGCCCUCAUUCCUCUGGAGGUGAGAAAGGCAGAGACUGGACCAUAUGCUGUACGUACAAUUCUUGGAUGGUCCUUACAUGGUCCGAUAUCUGGAGAGGCUAAUCAGGGACAUGUCAAGGCUUCAAGCAGCUUUAUUAAUGGGGAUUGUCAUCUGGAGACGCAGCUUGAAAGAUUUUGGAAGUUGGAAGCAGAAACCGCUGAUGAAAGAGGCCUGUCGGUGAAUGACAGAAAGGUAACUGAGAUAUGGGCAAAAGGAAAGGCCAUGGAAGAUGGACAUUAUCAGCUGCCCAUACCAUUUAAACAGCGACCACCAGAGCUUCCAAAUAACAGAUGGGUAGCAGAGCAGAGACUGGUGAGCCUUAGCAGAAAACUGAGCAAGGAUGACAGAUUGCGCUCAAAAUACACAGAAGGCAUGAAUGAUCUGUUACAGAAGGGCUUCUGUGAAAAGGUGCCUAAAGAAGAUUCCUUCCACGAUGAUAAGGCACAAUGGUACCUUCCCCACCACCCAGUCCUGCAUGCCAUGAAGCCGGAUAAGGUGCGAAUCGUUUUCGACUGUGCCUCAAAGUGUAAUGGGACUGCUUUGAACGAUGUAGUCUACCAAGGUCCAGACUUAACAAAUAAACUCAUUGGAGUUCUUCUCAGAUUCAGACAAGCACCAGUGGCAAUAAUGGCUGAUAUAGAGGCCAUGUUUCAUCAGGUGAGGGUUCCAGAAGCAGAUAGAGAUGUGCUUAAGUUCCUGUGGUGGCCUUCAGGAGAUAUGACAGCUCAACCAGAGGUCUAUAGAAUGUGUGUCCACUUGUUUGGGGGGACAUGGAGUCCCAGCUGCUGCACUUAUGCCCUUCGCCUGACAGCUGCAGAUCAUCGGGCAGAGUAUGAUGAGGAAGUUGUCAAGAUGGUACAACACAAUUUCUACGUGGACGAUUGUCUGGUGUCCGUGGAUGAUGUACAGAGAGCUGUAAAGAUUGUUGCUGAGCUGAGAAGUUUGCUCUUGGAAGGUGGGUUCAGACUCACCAAAUGGCUAAGUAAUCAUCCUGAUGUGCUGGAAUCAAUCCCAGAAACAGAGAGAGCAAAGCAGGCAAAGGGAUUAGAUUUAAACCAUGAUGCACUACCAGUAGACAGGGCUCUCGGACUGAGUUGGGACAUUGAAACUGACUGCUUCGUGUACAAGGCUGUACCGAAGAAGAAGCCACCUACAAGGAGAGGUUUGCUGAGUGUGGUUUCGUCCAUUUACGAUCCUCUGGGGUUCAUCAGUCCUUACAUCCUGAAAGCAAAGAGCAUUUUGCAAGAGUUAUGCAGAUUGAAGUUAAAAUGGGAUGAACCAGUACCUGACCGUGAAGGACAAGAAUGGGAAGACUGGCUGAAGGAUCUGCCAGAGAUGUCAAACAUGUCAAUAAAUAGAUGUAUCAAGCCACAUGACUUCGGGGCUGUGAAGGACUACCAGUUACACCAUUUUUCUGAUGCAUCAGAGAAGGCCUACGGAGCAGUGAGUUACUUAGUGAUGGUAAACACAGAAGGGACAGUGAAUUGUAGUCUGAUAUUGGCCAAGUCUAGACUCACACCUUUAAAGAAAGUAACAGUGCCGAGGCUUGAACUAAUGGCAGCAACUCUAGCAACAAAACUUGAUGGAGUUCUGAGACAGGAGCUAGAUGUCAACAUCUCAAAGUCGACGUUCUGGACUGACAGUACCAUUGUCUUGAGAUAUAUCAAGAACGAGGACAGGAGGUUCAAAACAUUUGUUGCUAAUAGAGUUGCAGCAAUCAGAGAUAAGUCAGACCCAAACCAGUGGCGUCAUGUGAGGACAAGUCUGAAUCCUGCCGACGAAGCCUCUAGGGGUAUGACUGCCAAUGAGAUGAAGGAAAACAAAAGAUGGCUACAUGGACCUGACUUCCUCUAUCAUGAUGAGAGUACAUGGCCUGAAGAUGUGACAGAUGUCAAACUAGGAAAUGACAGUGAUCUUGAGGUCAAAAGUGACGGGAAGUCAUUCAUGGUGGAGACAACUGAGACUGACCAUACUUUGGAAUUUCUGAGCCACUACUCCACUUGGUACAGGUUAAAGAGAGCAGUAUGCUGGAUUCGGAGGUUCUUUGUAUGGCUCAAACAUAAAUCUGAUCCACCAGAGACUUUGAAAGCUAGACUGACACUAGAUGAAAUGAGAGAAGCAGAGAAGAAAAUUCUUUCAUAUGAGCAAAAGAGAGCAUUUCCAGAGGAAAUAAAUGCCUUGAACACAGCACAGUCAGACGAUGGUGGAGCUAAUCAGAAGUGGAAGACAGUAAAGAAAAACAGUAAGAUCUACAAGCUGGAUCCUAAGAUGGAUGAUGGCCUCCUUCGAGUGGGUGGCAGAUUGAGUAGGUCUUCUCUACCACAUGAAGCUAAGCACCCAGUGAUACUGCCUAAAGACAGUCACGUGACUAUGCUUGUUCUGAGGAAAAUCCAUGAAGUAUCUGGUCACAGUGGCAGAAAUCACAUGAUAUCAAUCCUUCAUCAGAAGUACUGGAUAACAGGAGCCAGCUCAUUGAUUAGAAGUAUGGUGGGCAAAUGUGUCAUGUGUAAAAGGCAGAGAGGAAAGGUAAUGGAACAGCAGAUGUCCGAUUUACCUGAAGACAGAAUCAGACCAGAUGAGCCCCCCUUUACUAGAGUUGGUGUGGACUAUUUCGGACCUAUAGAUGUGAAAAGGGGACGCUGCAUGGAGAAACGGUAUGGAGUAGUAUUCACAUGUCUGGCGAUACGUGCUAUUCAUAUAGAGAUGGCACAUUCCUUAGACACUGACUCAUGUAUAAAUGCCAUCAGACGAUUUAUGGCAAGGAGAGGAAAUGUUAAAGAGAUCAGAUCUGACAAUGGUACCAAUUUAGUCGGAGCUGAGAAGGAGCUAAGAAUGGAAAUCAGAAAAUGGAACCAGUCACAACUCCAUGAUGAGCUCCUCCAGAAGGAAGUAAAGUGGACCUUUAACCCCCCAGGUGCCUCGCAUCAUGGAGGAGUGUGGGAGAGAAUGAUCAAGACUGUCAGAAAGGUGCUAUUUUCUCUCACUACACAGCAGAUACUGACUGAUGAAGGCCUGCAAACACUUUUCUGUGAGAUAGAGAGUAUCAUAAAUAGCAGGCCAAUCACCAUGGUAACAAAUGAUGUCAAUGAUGUGGAAGCGUUAACUCCAAAUCAUGUGCUUCUACUGAACACUAAACCACAGCUACCUCCUUCCAUCACUGUCAAUACGGAUGUAUAUGCAAGGAGAAGAUGGCGGCAAGUGCAGUACCUGUCGGAUGUAUUCUGGUCUAGAUGGGUAAAAGAAUACUUACCUCAACUGCAAGCCAGGCAGAGAUGGGUUUCUCCGAGACGCAACAUCCAGGUUGGCGACGUUGUCCUUUUGGUUGACCAAAAUGCACCGAGAAACUCCUGGCUACUGGGACGAGUGCUACAGACGAGGCCUGAUAGGAAGGGUCUCAUCCGUCAAUGUGAGGUCAAAACCAAGAUGGGUGUGCGGCUGAGACCUGUUAGCAAGUUAUGCCUAAUUUUGGAAGGGGAUCUGUGAAAAUUUGUGGAAUUGAAUCUAUAUCACAACAGCUAGGAAAUAUGAAAUAUGUUGUGAUGAGGUGCAAGCCAAGCGCUGCCUCUUAUAUAUUUGAAAUUAAUAAUUUUGGAGCAUUUGCUAUUUGAGCCAACGAGAUAUUUGGAGCAAUCGGUAUUAGUGGAUCAACCCAGAUGAAGAAGCAUAGUUUAUCUGUGAUAUUGAACAAUUUUCUUUUUCUUUUGAGCAAUUUAUCCAGCCAAGACUGUUUGAAAAGAAGAAUUUGAGAGAAUUUAUAAUAUUUCAAUCAUUUCGCUCAGAGAACUCUACAACAGAGAAGUGACUGUUUUGGAGAAAUUUGCAGAAGAAUUUAUUCAGAGAGAGAAUUCCAGAGUCAGAAUGAACUUUAACCUGAACUCUAAAAUGUUAUUAAACUCUUACAAUCUGUGAGCUUCAAGUUUGACCCACUGCUGAACAUUGAACUCAGAACUUUUCCCUCCCUCUUUAAAGAAACAGUGAACAAUUAUUCAUACAUGUUGUAAAUGUGGACUUUCUGAUUUAUAUGUGAAAGAUUUACUCAGUAUGAUUACACAAGAAACAGGUGCAUGUUAUUGCAAAUUUGUGACUGAAAAUUCCUUUAUACAAUAAUGUGUUUGUUGUAAGGAAAGCUGAAUUCAGGAAGCAUUCAGGUGUCAAAUAUACAAUGUUUGUUUAAGAGGUGAAUUUAUAGUUUGACAAAUGUGAUUUUGUGAUAGAAUUAAAAGACUAUAAUAAAAGGUUUUUCUAAAACAUAAUUAGAGGAGGUAAAACUUUACAAGCAGCAGAAUUGUCUCAUAUCUAGUCCAGUUUGAGAAAUUGGACUCCUUUGCAUCAUAUCAAGCCACUUUGGUUAGUUUUAUGAAUGAUGUUUGCAUUUUUCGUAGUAAUUUGUACAAACUGAACGUUGUGUUAAUUUGUAUAUAUUUAAAAGGAGUAUUUGCCUUGUAUUACAGAGAAGAUUAUUGCAGUAUAACAUUUCACUCAAAGUUUGAAAGGAUGCAUUAUUGUUUAUUUCAGGUUCAAGAUGAAGAAUGAACCAAAUUAUGAUUUGAUAUAUAUAUUUUUGUA